GAGAGGAGGUUCCUAGAUUCAGCAGCUUGCACAGAAUACUACAACAGUUCUUCUUGUGGGAACGCACACACACACAGACACAGGAUUUAUUUGCUGCUUUCUCCGCAUCUUGGAAGAGGGGGUAGGGUCACCAAGCUGGGAUUGUACUGCAAAGCAAUGGGGGCAGAUCGAGAGAGCCCGGCUGCUUAGGACCUAGGAGGACAAGGGGAUUCCUGAGAUUAAAAGCAAAGGAGCUGCUGUUACUAGCUGGUAGCAAUCCUAUUGAGGAGGAGGAGCCACCAUGGCGACAGAACCCUCAGAGGACAGGAAGAAGCUGGAGGAGGAAGAGGAGGAGGAAGAUCAAGGGGAGGAGUUUGAUUUUGAGGACAGUGCCAAUGAGGAUGACAAAAUGGACAGUCCCACGAAAAAAGACAAUGAGCAGACUGUCCAUGGUACACAGGAGACCCUGAAGCUGAACUCAGACCCCAACCCUCAGACAGACCUGCAAACCUCUCCCACCGAACAAGCACAAAAGCCUUCCAGAACGAAACAACCAGAAUCUGACACGCCCCCUGCUGGUCAGGAGGACCUCGCAGCACCUUCAAUCUCCUCUGCACAACCUGCCGGCCCAGGUUUGGCAGCUAGUGAGGCAACAGGAGGGGUUUCAACUUCCACUGAACCAAAGAUUUCAGCACAAGAGGAGGCUCCGGGAGUCUCUAAGGACAAAUCAGAGGGUCUUUCCUGGAAGAGAAACAGCAUAUAUGAUGGAAAAUCCCUGCAACCAUCGCCAAAAAUCAAGCAGACGUUGGACGAAGGAGCCCAUUCCACCCCAGCAAUAGAUCCUGGGACAGAGAGCCCUGAAGUGAUCUAUGAUGAUGUUCCAUGUGAGAAUAUCCAGCCCAAGACAGAAGAUGACCUGGUCUAUGAAGACGUGCAGCGCGAGGAGGAGCCAGGGCCCCAGGAUGGCUGGAGCACCAGUGAGUUUGAGAGCUACGAUGAGCAGUCUGAAGAGGAGAGCGAGAGCAAGCUCCCCACGCGCAGCAAGCUUUCCCCUGACGUGCGGGGCCUGAAGGAACGGUGCGCCCGGACCAAGCGUGAGCUGCUUGCUAUGCGGCUGGGGCGCCGCGACAUCAGCCAGAUAAAACCGAGCUAUGACUGGAAGGUACAUCAGCUAAUGAAAGCCGCCAGAAAUGGAACGAAAGAUGGACUGGAAAAGACAAAAAUUGCUGUCAUGAAAAAAGUCCCCUUCUUGCUGAAGAAGGAUAUUCAAGAUGAGAUGGAGGAUGAUGCUGGCUACCUGGAUGUUGCCCUCUCAGAGUCCAAACACCCCCCUGCCGAGCUAUGCCCCAUGCCAGAUGGAUUGACCAAUCAGCAGAUUGUAAGGCGUCACAUCCUGGGCUCCAUCGUGCUGAGCGAGCGCAACUACCUGGAAUCGCUCAAGAGAAUCCUGCAGGAGUACCAGAAGCCACUGCUGGAGUUGGAGCCACGCAUGCUGAGCACAAAGAAGGUCCGGCUGGUAUUCUUCCGCCUGCGUGAGAUUCUGCAGUGCCACUCCAUGUUCCAGAUCGCCCUGUCGUCCCGCGUGGCCGAGUGGGACCUCAAUGAGAUGAUAGGUGACCUCUUUGUGGCUUCGUUUUCCAAGUCCAUGGUUCUGGAUGUGUACAGCGAUUAUGUCAAUAACUUCACUAAUGCCAUGGCUCUGAUUAAAAAGGCUUGCAUCUCCAAACCUGCUUUCCUGGAAUUCCUCAAGAAAAAGCAGGCUGCCAGUGUAGACCGGAUCACUCUGUAUGGCCUGAUGGUGAAACCCAUCCAGAGAUUCCCCCAGUUCAUCCUCCUGCUGCAGGACAUGCUGAAGAACACUCCGAAGGGACACCAGGACAGGCUGCCUCUGCAGCUGGCUCUCACAGAGCUAGAGACCCUGGCUGAGAAACUGAAUGAGCAGAAACGUGUGGCCGACCAGAUCGCAGAGAUCCAGCAACUAGCCAAGAGCGUCAGCGACCGAGCGCUAAACAAGCUGCUCAGCGCAGGCCAGCGCCAGCUCAUCCUGUGUGAGACUCUCAUUGAGGUGGUGUACGGGGAUCGGGGGCAGGUUCUCAAGUCCAAGGAGCGCAAAGUGUUUCUCCUCAACGACACCCUCAUCUGCGCCAACAUCAACAUCAAGGGGCCCCCUGACCUCAGCAGUCUGGUUCCCAUUGGGCUGAAGUACACCGUGAAGUGGAGCGCUCCCUUGGUGCAGGUGCAGGUGGUGGAGGUGGGGCAGGAGGGCAGUGUCCAGAACAAGGAGACAAUGUUCCAGCACCACGGGGCCAAGAGACCCUCUGGCACAAGCAUCACAGGCAAGGUGUUCCUGGGGCCCCCCAGACUCUACCAGGAGCUGCAGGAGAUGCAGCAUGACCUUGAUGUGGUGGAUCAGAUUUCCCAGCUCGUCAGCACGCUGCAGGGAACCUAUCAGAACCUGAACUCUGCAGUCUCCCAGGACUGGAGCCUGUCCCUGCAGAGGCUCAUCCGCAUGAAGGAGGAUGAGAUCCAGACCGCUAACAAGUGCCGCCUGCGGCUGCUGGUACCUGGGAAGUCAGACAAGUCUGGACGGCCGGUCAGUUUCAUGGUGGUCUUCAACACUCCCAGCCCCCUCAGUAAAAUCUCCUGGGUCAACAGGCUACACCUCGCCAAGAUUGCACAGAGAGACGAGAAUAUGCCAGGCUGGUUCUCCGCAGAGGAUGAUGUAAAGACCAAAGCCCCUUUUUGGUGCCCACUUCUUGCCUGCUGUGUCCCGGUUUUCCCUUCAAAAGCUCAGGAAAUGAAGCUGGAAACUGCGCUCCAUAAUCCGGUGCAGUGUGCACUUCUGGGGUUCUCCGCUGCCAGCACUUCCCUACCGCAAGGCUACCUCUGGGUGGCCAGUGGGGGCGAUGUUUCUCACGGUCAGGUGGAGAUCUUCUCCCUCAACAGGUCUACUCCCCGUGCUGUCAAAUCCUUCCAGGUGGGGGCGCCAGUGCUGUGUCUGGCGUAUGUUCCCGAGGAGAGCCAGUGCGAGGAGGGGGAGAGUGGGGCUGCUGAACGGACCUCCAUGGUCGGCAACACAAUAUGUUUGGGGCUACAGGAUGGCAGUAUCCUAGUUUACGGCAGUGUGGACACGGCCGCCCAGUGCCUGCUGACCUUCCGUAAUCCUGAGGGAUGCCCGGUGCUGUGCCUGAAACAUUCCGGCAACUUCCUGUUCGCAGGGCUGAAGGAUGGGAAGGUUGUCGUCUACAGGCGGAAGAGCGGUGAGGAGCUGUGGGAUCCAGAGUCCCCUCGCUGUGUGAGUAUCGGCACAGAGCCGGUCCGCAGGCUGCUGGCUCUGGAGGACACUGUGUGGGCCAGCUGUGGAAACAGGGUCAUCGUCAUUGAAGGAGCCACCAUGAACACCCGGAGUUUUGAAGCACACCAGGACACGGCGGUGAGCGUGGCCCACAUGGCGCGCGCCGGGGGCGGGGUUUGGAUGGCGUUUUCCGAGGGCUCGUCUAUCCGCCUGUUUCACACCGAGACGCUGGAGCCCCUCCAGGAAAUCAACAUCUCAGCCCGCACCACCUUCCUCAGCCCAGCUCAGAAGAGCGUGCGGGUGACCAGUCUGCUGGUUUGCCAGGGGUUACUGUGGGUCGGCACUGCCCAGGGAAUCAUCGUCACACUGCCAGUGCCCAAGCUGGAGGGCAUCCCCAAAAUAACAGGGAAAGGAAUGACCUCUCUCAACGCUCACUGUGGGCCGGUGGAUUUCCUGGUGGCCACCUCCAGCACGCUGUCCCCACAGCUGCUCAAGAGGGACUCCAUGGGGGAUGGGGGGGACUCGCCUAGUGGGGGGGAGGACAAGACCAACACCUCCUCCCAGGAGUCCCUACACCAGGCCAAUGGCGGCCCCAGAAGGGAGGGCAAGGGCAAGGGGGUCCUGCUGCAGUACCGCCUGCGCUCCACCUCCCAGCUCCCUGGCAAACCUCUGAGCAGUAAACCAGAGGGAGCGUCGGACUCGUCUCUGGAGUCCCUGGAGCACAGCGUGGAGGACGGCUCCAUCUACGAGCUUAGUGAGGACCCCGAGGUGUGGGUGCGCGGCCGGCCCUCGGCCCGGGAGGGGGGUCGGAAAGAGGGGGUCACUUCGGCUGCCGUCAUCUCCGGGGGGAGAGGCUUCCGUAGCCUGGGAGGGGGUGGCGGGAACAGCACUGGCACCGUAUCAUCGGAGAGCAUUCUCAUGGUGUGGCAGCUCCCUCUCACUGUGUAGGCAAGGGCCUGUGUGCUACAAGGAAACUGUGCAUCAGUCAAUCUCGCUCCUAGCCAGAUACAGAUUGGGUCUCCCUAGGCUCUGGAAAGAGGCCUCCUGGAAUUCAAUAGGCUGUGCUCCUGGGACAGGUAUGGGGCGGUCCAGCUGGCUCCUGUGGGGAGGACACUGAUGCUAUGAGAGGCAGCACAGCACCUGUAAUGAGAGUGGACUGGGAUAAUUAUGAUCUGGUAACAUUUUAAAUAUGUGAUUCCACUACCCAGUAUUCGGUUAUAUGAACCAUUCUCAGUUGGUUCAUUCAGAUCUACACCUACUCUCUCUCUCACCUUCUGUACACAAUACCUGGAUUGAAUUACCAUUCUCAAGCAGAUGUUGAAAGCACUUUGCAGAUUACCUUGAUUGAUGGAAAUGAUGUAAAAGAUCACUUGUAAUAUUGGAAACAUAACACACUGUCACCAUCCCCUUUUCAAGCCACACCCCUUUACACAAGACUACACCCCAUGUAAAAGUCUGCCCCUCCCACUUUCUUCAUCUGAUGGAUCUUGAUCUUUUCUAAUUCCUCCAGAAAUGUCUUUCACUGACCUGUAACCUUGCCUCUGACCUUGACCACACCCCUUUCAAGUUUGACACCUGGUAUCUUUCACAAACUUUACAAACAAAAAGUGCAAUUUAUUGCACAGGGAAAACCAGCAUCCAUAAAAGUAAGCAAGCAAGUAGGCUUUUGUUCAGUGUUCUGUUCAAUUGUAUUGCCGUCAUUAGCUGAUUUUCUGUCUUCAGUGGUUUAAUCAACCAGCUUUGUUUUAAUUGGUUUUGGUACCCAGCAGGGAAUAUUGUAGUGGGGGCUGUAAGAUGUACUGUAAAUGUGAAGAAAUAACAGAGCUGCUUCUAAAGCAAUAACUUGGCUUUCUCAAGUUCUAUCAAGUUAUUUAGAGACAAUUUUUGGGAAGGCUUCCAUGGUGUUGACAAUUACAAAUACAAUACUUGCUUUGUCUUGCUUGGUACAAUUUUUCUUUUUAAAUCGUACCAUUUAACUGUGUGGGCUGGUCUUUAAAAGUGACUCUGGCUGAAACCAGAAUCACUCUCCAAUCCAAAAUAACAAUAUGGUCUCUCAGAUGGCACCUUUUUGAAUUGCCAUAGCAAUGCCAGCUGGCCUGCCAUUCUGCCCAGCAUUCCUUCAGCUCUCAACCACUUCCUGUUGCCUUCACCUGCUGGCCUGGUAACGGUUGUCAUGGCAAGACCAUAGGGGAGGGCCCUGGUCAGAACCUGUUUCAGGUUGGUAAACAUCCUCCACAGGUGAAAGCUGCAUUCAGAGGGCAUGGAACACUGAACUUUCACUGCACACAAGUGGACUGUGUUAGUGCUGCAAGGAAGAAUUUCAUAGUUUGAUCUCCUCACCAGUAUGAAUACAUGUGCUGUACAUUUUUUUUACGCGUCAUCAAAGACUGGGAUGCAACAGUUGAGCCCAAUCAAAGUCAUGCUCAGUAAUCAAAGCUUAAAGUAAUCCUGUUCUACAAUUGUGAAAUAGGUUAUUUUAAAAUGUUAUGAAUAUCCUACCCUUGUCAAGCCAUUUUAAUAAUAUUAAAGUGGUUCAAAUGAACAAAGAUCAUGACUAGUGAGUUAAGACAGGUUUUUGAUCAUCUAAGAUUCAGGUUACUGUAUUUUGCGUUGACAAGAAACUUAAGAUCAAAGAAAAGGGAAGGAGGGAUGAGCGUCUUGUAUUUGCACUGUUAAGGGUUGUAAAAAAAAUACAAUUAUAAACAUUACUUACAAUAUUUAAAAGUUUUACUAACAUUGUUUUUUCUCUUAAAUUGGUCAUUUGUAUAUGAUCCCUUACUCCCGCUAAUUGUGCUUGAAGUUUGCAGACACUCCCUUGACGGGCAGUGCGGUACGUCCCCUAGCAACUUUUUAACCCUAACAAACUGUUCUGUAUCUGUGUAGUCAUUUUUUCUCUCACAGAGACCAGACAUGUACUGUAUCAAACUAUGAAAUUGGUCUAGAACCUAGGUUGUUUAACCUAGGCUGAAUCUACAACUGCUGUCGCAUACAUCCUGAAUAAGUUCUGUACAGCAAUGCCACACAAUUGUGUUAUAGUGUAUAUACCACAGGUUUAGAACCUGAAACAAGUGUCUUUUUUCUGUGACAAAUCUUUGACUGUAAAAACACUCAAUAAAGAGAUGUA